AUGGCAGACCUCCAAGGGAUACCCGGUAAGCCCGCGCACACACCCAAUUCAAUGGUGUCUCGGGCGUAUCAGUUUUACAGGCUCUCUUGUAUGUUUCUCUACGCAGCUUUGGUGGCGCGCUGGCUAGCGCUGUUCCCCCUGGUAGGAACGCGCUGGGUUCCGGGCGGCAUACAUGGGUUUUUGAUCUACCUUCUAGGCGGCAGCGCGGUGUUAGAGGUUCUGUGGAUGAUCUGGUUUUAUAGGUUCACGAAGGGACUCUGGACGCGGACCCUGCUGAAGUGUGCCAACAUGCUGUACUUCGUGGCCGUGAUGCAUUUCUACGACGACUACGAGCACGCGCCGGUACUGAAGAACAUUGGGUACUCGAUCUUUAUUCUGAGCAUUGGGAUGAAUCAGGCACUGCAUCACGGCGGGCGGCUAUUCAGGGGGCGACGCCGGCGGCGGUCCUGGUGGUGGCGGUCCGACACAUUUGUGCUGCAGCCCGCACUAUAUAUCAGCCAGUUCUACCUGCUGCUACUGAAUGUACAGAACCCGAGCUUUCAUUCGACGCCGAAGCUUGACAUAAUUAAUCGCACGGUGCUGGUGGCCUACGUGCCCCUGGCGCUUCAGUGCUUUCGUCGGCAGCUGACGAGCUAA